GCUAUAGCCUCUCGUGCUCGCGCAUGUCCUCGUCUGACCAGCGGUCGUCGUCCGGUGACAUCCGGUACUCACGAUGGGGGAAUAGACAAUACACCCGAAGCACAACAACCAUUUGCGCGCAUGGCGCCUCUGGUCGACGGCGUUGUGCACGCCUGGCCAGACAGUCUGGGAAGCCCUCUCCCAAGGUUCGCGCCGCCAAGCCGCACCGUCACCGUCGUCGCCGCCGAAAUGAACGUUGUAGUCGACGACGGCCGACGACCGCGUAGCGCUGCGCAAAUAUUUGUGCACGCCGCGGGUCCGUGCACGAACAAUGGCACCAGCAGGAACGGGGGCGCGCGAGGGAGCGGGGCUGGGUGACGAGCCAGGGACGGGGGGCGCCUCAUGGCUGCCUCGCGCGUGCGGGCACCCCCCGAAGCGAAGCGAGCCCGCGCGCCCGGGCAUCUAAUCUAUAAAAACCGGGGGGAAUGCGUUUUUCUCCCCCUCCACUGCUCUCAGCGUCCUCGUCCUCGUCUCCGCCCCCGCCGACCUCCCUCAAGCCGUCGCCGUCGUUCAAGCCGACCUCGUCCAGCCCUACAGCAGACCAGCAUCAGCAAGCAGGCGUCCUCCGUAGCGCCCGUUAUUGUCCUCUCGCGCUCCCCCAUCUUCAAGUCCAGCAAGUGUACCCUCGUCCUCUCCUACUACCAUGUCUUCCUACGUCAGCUCUGAGGAGAUUGUUCCCGGCGACAUCGUCGCAGUUACCGCUCCUGGUGGCAGGCGUGAAGGCCUCGUCGUUGGAUCCCACCUCGACUAUGCCGGCAGGCAAGUCGUCGAGGUCCGGCUCGACGGUGGCGAGAUCUACAACGCAUGGUACCCGAGCUUGACGCGCGUACGCCGGACGAUCGAGUACACCCGUCCCUCGCCCCAGCACAAGCGUACCAUCGAGCGCACCAUCUACUGGUGAUCGCCCCCUCUGCUACACGGAUACUUUCUGGCCCCCGACUCGACUCGACACUCUGGACACUCUGGACGCGCGCGUUCCCGCGUGCGCGAAUACCUGCCCUGCUGCUCCGCGACUGCCGACCAUCCCGCACAGGCGCGGAUGCGCUGCGGCCGCCCCGCCCCCACAUACCUAGCCCGUACCUGCCCGUGUAUAGUUGUGACAUAGGACGCGGUGUACGCUGGUCUCCCCCUGGUUGGAUUCUCCUGCUUCUGCUUGGUUACCCCCGCUGCUAUAUGUAUGUAGAUAGAUACGCAUCCCAUCGUUUGUGCCCCUUCCCGCGGCGUGUCGUCUCGUUCUAUAUCCCCUUCCCGCGUGUCUGAACUAUGUGGCGUCGAUCUGCUUCCCUGGGACGGAGGACCAUGUAUGUAUCUACACAAACUCAAAGUUAUUCAGCCGUCUGCCAACA